GGCAUUAUUAUCUAGCUGUAUAAAUAUGACGAGGCUUCCGAAGCAGCUGAAACAGAUCUGGGACAUUAAGAAAAUAGGCAUGUUAAAGAUCUUUAUAUUAGCGGCCGUUUCAGCGGUCGCAUUGGCAGAUGAUUCCUAUGUUGUGCUAACACCAAGUAGUUUUCGAGGUGGCCUUCCUCUUAGUGUCAGUGUAAAUAUUCUCAAGGCGACUGCGCCGGUAAGUGUAACAGCAACAUUGGUCAAUGAGGGCAAAAAGACAACCGUCGCUUCCGUUACUGGAUCAUUUACACAAGGGACUCCUGGAACACUUCAGCUACAGGUUCCAGAUGACGUGCAUGCUGGUUCAUACAAAUUACACGUAGCUGGUACCGGAGGGGCGACAUUCAAAAAUGAAACUACCAUUUCGUUUGAAAGCAAAAGCAUAUCCCUCUUCAUACAGACGGACAAAGCCAUGUACAAACCAGGGCAGACCGUCAAUUUCCGAGCUUUUGCAGUAUUUCCUAACUUGACAGUUUACACGGGGCCAAUGGAUAUUGAUAUAUAUGAUCCCGCCACAAAUAAGAUCAAACAGUGGAUAGGAUUAAAGGACGCAAGCGGUGUUGUUACAAAAUUCAUGAUUAUGGACAGUCAACCUGUGUUGGGAGAUUGGAAAAUUAAAGUAGCAGCUCACGGGCGCUCUGAGGAAAAGUUGUUUACAGUUGCUCACUAUGUUCUGCCCAAAUUUGAAGUGGUAGUUGAACUACCAACAUAUAUGUUGACAUCAGACGACAGCAUAACAGGAAAAGUUAAGGCCACAUACACGUAUGGUAAACCAGUGAAAGGUACUGUGGACAUAAGAGUAAAGUUAGACCAUUGGUACAGACCAUAUAAUUACCAUGGAGACGAACCACAGAUUUCACAGUCUUUGACGAUUGACGGAGAAGCAUCUUUCACAGUGCCUCUAGAUCUGAUUAAACAAGCGGCCCAUCUCAUGACUGGUCGCUCACUGGUUGUAGAAGCAAAUGUUACUGAGAGUUUGAACAGUAUAACACUGAACAGUAACAGUACAGUAAAACUGUAUUUACAUGCUGUCAAGCUGGAAUUCCUACAGUCAAACCCUAACACCUUCAAACCUGGACUACCAUAUACAGCUUACUUAAAAGUAGUUCAGCAAGACGAUACACCAAUUACAGGAAAACGUCAAGCACUUACUGUACAAGUUCAGUCGACCUAUGAGGAUAAAGUAACUGGCACUACCCCGUACCCCUGGUUUAAUCCCCGGCAGCAUUCUUACUACAUGCCAAAGCAGACAUUUACCGUGCCAGACACAGCAAUAGUACACAUCCAAGUGGAUAUCCCAGCCAACUCAACACAUAUCAGUAUUAAUGCACACUAUGGACAUGCCUUUUCUAGGCUAAGUCUCUCAAAGAGUUAUUCUCCCAGCGAUAACUACAUGCAGCUCUUCCUAAAAUCAUCAAAUCUCAGGCCAGGACAAACCGCCACAUUUGACAUCAAAUCAACAGAAUCCGUCCCAAGUGCUGUCUAUCAGGUUAUGUCACGUGGUUCUGUUGUUGCGGCUGGAAGCUUUACAGGAAAUACUUUCAACAUUCCUAUAGAUUCCGGUAUGGCACCUAACGCUAGAAUCAUUGUGUAUUAUGUCCGAACUGAUGGAGAAAUUGUGACAGACAGCAUUAGCUUUGAUGUAGAUGGCGCUUUCCAAAACGAAGUUACAAUCGACUUUGACAAAACGAAAGCCCAGCCAGGAGAAAAUGUCAACGUCGUUGUAAAAGCAGAUCCAAUGUCUGUCGUAAAUCUGUUGGCAGUUGAUCAGAGUGUUCUUCUGUUGAAGUCAGGAAAUGACGUCACAGCGUCUGAGGUGAUUGACGAACUGAAGUCCUAUGACACAAUACAACAUGCCAGAUCACCAUUUUGCUGCGGCUUUAUGCCUAUGGUAGUUAACCGCCGAAAGAGGAUGGCAAUAUGGUGGCCAUACCCAGUCUACUAUGGUGGAUCAAAUGCAAAGGCAGUCUUUGAUAAUUCUGGCGUUAGAGUGAUGACAGAUGCAUUGGUAUAUCACCAUGUGGAACUACACUACUACUUCCAUUCAGGAUUUCUAGGCGGUGGUCAUCUUGUUCUAGAACCUGUUACUUCUCCACCACCGGUAAAGACAAGUACAAAACCAAAGGAGGUUGAUAAAGUCAGAAAUGUAUUCCCUGAAACAUGGCUGUGGUCUAAUAUCUCUACUGGAGCUGAUGGUACAACAACAGUUAGUACUACCGUUCCGGACACGAUUACUUCAUGGAUUGCCAGCGCUUUUGCUGUAAACUCUGUGUCUGGUUUGGGUGUAGCAUUUUCCACUGCAAAGAUUGAAGCUUUCAAGCCGUUUUUCGUGAGUUUGAACUUGCCAUAUUCUGUAGUGAGAGGAGAGCAGAUUGCUUUACAGGCUAACGUGUUCAACUACAUGUCCCAAGAUCUUGAUGUUAUUGUGACGCUGGAGCAGUCUAAUGACUUCAAAAAUGUCAUCGUGGAUACCUCCGGAAUAGUACAGUAUGUUUCGCAACAGCAAACAGAAACAGUUCAUGUUACAGCGGGAGCAGCAAAGAGCGUAUUUUUCCCUAUAGUUCCUGCAGCUCUCGGUAAGAUACCUCUCACAGUGAAGGCCCAAUCUGUUCUUGCUGCUGAUGGUGUACGCAGACAAUUGUUGGUUGAGCCUGAGGGUGUGGCCAAGGAAUACAGUAACCCAAUAUUGAUAGACCUGAAGAACGCAACUUCAUUCAGUACAGAUGUCGCACUGUCUCUGCCAGCUGGUGUCGUUGCCGGAUCACAGAGGGUUGUAGUCUCAGCGAUUGGUGACUUGAUGGGACCAACUGUAAACAAUCUCGACAAAUUACUACGCAUGCCCACCGGAUGUGGCGAGCAGACAAUGCUUGGUUUUGCUCCAGAUGUUUUCGUGACCAAUUAUCUCACAGCAACAAGUCAGCUCACUGGUGAUAUUGAGGAGAAGGCAAUCAAUUUCUUAGAGAAAGGGUAUCAAAGAGAGCUUACCUUCCAGCAUAAAGAUGGCUCAUUCAGCGCCUUUGGUGACAGAGACAAGUCCGGAAGCAUGUGGCUAUCGGCAUUCGUAACAAAGUCAUUCCAUCAGGCAAAAAAGCAAAUUUACAUUGAUGAUGACAUAAUUAAACGGGCUAUAGAUUGGAUGAUAAGCAGACAAAAUUCUGAUGGUUCGUUCCCAGAACCAGGACGUGUUAUCCACAAAAACAUGCAGGGAGGUUCAGCAUCAGGACUGGGACUUACAGCUUUUGUUCUGAUUUCACUGCUGGAGAAUAACGACAUAGGAGGUAGUAUUCAGCAGAGAAUCAACAAAGCCGUUACUAUGGCAACAGGUUACGUUGAGUCCCAGUUGUCAACCACAUCAGAUGACUACGCAUUGGCUAUCAGCAGCUACGCUCUUCGUCUUGCUAAAAGUUCCCACGCCGAUGCCGCCUACACCAAACUCAACAACGAUGCCAUUGUAAACGGUGGAAUGCGCCACUGGCACAAGGCCCAGACAAGUACUUCCAGUCAUCACUACUGGAGACCAUCUCAUUCUCAAGCUAAUCCUAUUGACAUUGAAAUGACGUCAUAUGCAUUGCUCGUGCAGGCGGCAAAGCAAGACUUCGCUAAUGGUAUCCCUAUUAUGAAGUGGAUAACCUCACAGAGAAACUCUAAUGGUGGAUUUGCCUCGACACAGGACACUGUUAUUGGACUACAAGCGCUGUCAGAGUUUGCAGGCAUGACAUAUUCUGACAGUUUUGAUAUUCAAGCCACAAUCACAGCUGGAACAUUUACUCAUAAAUUCUCCAUCAACAAACAGAAUGCUCUACUUCUGCAAACAGUUGUACUUCCAUCCAUACCUAGUCAGGUGUCCGUUACUGGAACUGGGCACGGCAUUGCACUUGUUGAUAUCAACCUGUCAUUCCACGUAGAACAGGAGAUUGAAGAAAAAUCAUUUGAUGUCACUGUAACCAUGGUACAGGAAACUAUCGAUUUCCUCUCAAUCAAGACAUGCACAGUUUGGUUGAAGACUGGAGCGAGCGGUAUGACGGUACAAGAAUUCGGCAUACCGUCUGGGUUCGAGGCGGAUCUGGAGAGUAUCGCUGGUAUUGCAGAGAUUAAGAAGGUCGAGACUGAAGACAGAAAAGUUAUCCUUUACUUCGAUGAGAUUACAACAAAGCCAAUCUGUCUUACUAUGGAUGUGAUCCGAACUGGUAUGGUAGCAAAAUCGCAACCAGCAACGGUCAGAGUGUAUGACUACUACCAGCCAAGCAACCAAGUGACUGCCUUCUAUCAGUCUCACGUACUCAAGAAUGCAGAUAUCUGUGACGUAUGCAAAGAUUGCGGAUGCAAGAGUGCCAGAAGAUAGAUGCGCAGUUGAAAAUUAUCUUUAUGCAUCAGUAAAGUGCUUUUACAAAGACAGACAUUCAUACUUCUUGUUUUUAAAGUGACUCAUUUCAUAUUUGUGUGCCGGCAAACACUGUUAUCAUUGAAUGAUACUUGGCUUUGUUCUUUCUUUAUGCCUACAUGUAAAAAGACAUUUAGAUUAUUUACUAGUUCAAUGAUAAUUGGUAUUUUUGCUUUCUUUAUGCCUAAAAACAUUUGAAUUAUUUACUAGAUUAAUGGUGUUUGGUGUUUUGUGCUUUCUUUAUGCUUAAAAAGACAUUUGAAUUAUUUCUAGUUCAAUGAUACUUAGUGUUUGUGCUUUCUACAGAAUUUACAUUGUGUAAUUUCAUUUCUUUGCAUUAUUCCAUUUUUGUGUUUAUACUUCACAAAUAAAAUUGCUCUGUUUUUGAGUUG